CGUGACCAUCAAGGGCGUGUUCGAGCAGUCUAGCCUUGGCUCGUGGGGAUAAACAACCACUGGCACAAGUUUUCCGAAUUCCUCACUUCUCACCCCAUCGCAUCUCCAACGAGAAUAAGAAGACAUUUUCACUUUGGUCUUAUUGAAGCACAGUCAGCGUAACCAGGAAACAUGCAGAGGGAGGAGCGGGUUAUGGACGCCACGCUGGACGCGGUUCUCCAGCGGGUGGUGGACAUCAAAGGAUCACUGCAAGAGCUGCUUGUUAAGAUAGAGCGUGAGGGGGAGCAGGGGGACUGGCCGUCCUACCUGAACUCAUUCUCUGUCAUCUCUGCACAGAUUUACACACUCAUGAAGUUAUUGAAAAAUGAGAAGACUCCAAUUCUACGCAACUACCUCACUUUGCCUCUCCAACUCAACGCUGAGUCUGAUGAAAAGCUGCUGGUGGCUACAGAGGGCCGUGUACCAUCCUUCAGCCAUGACUUUGUCCCUAACAUGCUUAGGACAAAGCCUGAGCCUGACAUGGAACAGAAACAUCAAGCACUAGAGGCCAAGAUGGCACAGGUCAACAGUGACACAGCUCAGAAACAGAUAAAUAUCCACAACAGAGUGGUGAAGCAUGUGAUGGACCUGGUAAACACAGCACGAGAAGAGUGGGAGACAGAGACAGCAGCACGAACCAGCCAACCUCAGACUUGCUCCCUGAAUGAAACACAAAUACUGGUGGCUGCUCUUGGCACUGGCAAGGGCUUCAAGAUACGUGCACAGCCCCCAGGGCCUUCACCCACCAUCCAGCAGCCUCCACCACAAAUUAGCACAGCAAGUAAAGCAGUGAGUGCUGUGAAAACCAACAUCAAGGCAGCCACCUCCAUUCAUCCUUACAGCAGAUAGUGGAUCCCCUGUUUCACUGCCAUCACAAGCAUAUUCCUUGUGGCUUUGUUCUGUUGGAAUUUGUGGAUUUCAUUGAGAAACUUUGAUGUAUUUGCUUGUACUGGGACAUUGUCAAAAUAUCACAAUAAACAUCUUAUAUUUUAAA